CACACAAACAUACCUCCCCCCUACACACACACACACACACACACACACUCCCCUCCAGACCCCGAUGAAAAGAGAUCCCAGUUGUCCCGGGGGCGAGCUCCUGGCUGCUUUUGUGGUUUAACGCGCACGGCCCCCCUCUCCGCCCCCCUCCCCUUCUCGCUCCUGAACGCCAAAAAACUUCGGGGCCGCGAUCAUGGGGCGAGCCGAGGAGCUGGUGAGGAUUGCAAAGAAGCUGGAUAAGAUGGUGACCAGGAAGAACACGGAUGGAGCUCUGGAUCUGCUGAAAGAACUGAACGGCUACACGAUGACCAUCGAGCUGCUGCAGUCCACGAGAAUUGGCGUGGCCGUCAACGCUGUCCGGAAGCAGUGCUCGGACGAAGAGGUGGUGGCCCUGGCGAAAAUCCUCAUCAAGAAUUGGAAACGCCUGCUAGAGUCCUCGGGGACCCCGAAGAGAGAGAAGGCCCUGGAAGGGCAAAAGGAUAAAAAAGAACAAAGUCUCGACUUUCCCAGCUGGCAGCCUGAAGGGGCGAAUUCCCAUCCAGUGAAACGCUGCAAAAGCCCAGCUGAGAAGCCCAAGGAAAAGGACAAAGGAAGGGACUUUCCCAACCAUAAGGCAGUGGGCCCUCUUCCUGGCUCCAAGAAACAUUCAUUGGAUCAGAAACAGGACAGGAAAUCCAGCAAGUCCGGCUCUCACACGGCAGCCCCAAAGAGUCAUUCUGCAGACUCCAGGCCAGACAGGGAGACCAGUGACUGCAGCGCUCUUUCUGCCACCUCUAAAAAGUUGCACUCGGACGGCAAGAAAGAGAGGAGAGACUCUGCAGACUCAAGAUCUUCCACCAUCACCACAGCCUCCUCCUCUUCCUCCCCUCAGAAAAGACCAUCGGUGGAAAGGAGGUCCUCUACAGGCUCCAACCCAGCAGCCUCCCCCCCCGGCUCUCGGAAGAACUCCAGUGAUGGCAAAGAGGAAAGACCCAACAGCGCCAGAUCCAAAGCCGAGACCCCCAAGACUCCCAGCAGCCCCUCGAGUCCCACAUUCGCACCGACCAUCUGCUUCCUGGCGUCCUGCUACCUCACGGGUGACUCGGUGCGGGACAAGUGUGUCGAGAUGAUCUCGGCGGCCCUGAAAAUGGAUGAUGAUUACAAACAGUUUGGAGUCAACUGUGACAAGCUGGCCUCUGAAAUCGAAGAUCAUAUCUUCCAAGAGCUGAAGAGCACGGACAUGAAGUACCGCAACCGCGUGAGGAGCAGGAUCAGUAACCUGAAGGACCCCAAGAACCCCAACCUGCGGAGGAAUGUGCUGAAUGGAGCCAUCUCCCCCAGCCUCAUUGCUAGGAUGACGGCAGAGGAGAUGGCGAGCGACGAACUGAAGGAGCUGAGGAACGCCAUGACCCUAGAAGCCAUCCGGGAGCAUCAGAUGGCGAAGACUGGGGGCACCACCACGGACCUCUUCCAGUGCGGCAAGUGCAAGAAGAAGAAUUGCACUUACAACCAGGUCCAGACGCGUAGCGCCGAUGAACCCAUGACAACGUUCGUGCUGUGUAACGAGUGCGGGAACCGCUGGAAGUUCUGCUGAGGCCGCUCCUGUUUGCACCUGGGCCACCCGCGGAGACGAUGCAGCCUGCCGGCAAAGGAGAAUCUCUGACCAUCCAAAUUUGAAACUGGGGGUGGGAGGGGGAAGGGGAAGGGAAGAGAACUAACCUGUUGAGAGACGAGCUGAAAGUCCCUCCCUGUUGGCUCCCGUAAAUGUAAUGAGGAUUCGCUCACUGGCUAGAGAGAGGGAUUGUUUGGAGUUAGGGGUACCUGAGCCUCAAGCCCAGAAGGGGCAGUGCCAGAGUGCCAGCCACUAGGAGACGCUUCUUUUUCUGAUGUAUAUAUUUUGACUGGAAUGAUCAAUGGAACCCUAGACUGGAAGGACCUGCUAGGUCGUUCUAGUCCAUCUCCCUGGAGGAAGCAAUGGGUGCUUGGAGCAUGACAGAGCCCAGGGGAAAUCUGCCCUGCCAGAGGUUUUGAGGUGUUGUUCUUUGAGCUCACAGGAAGUAACCUAGCAGCAGCCGAGGUCCCCGACCCAAUCGCACAUGCUUGUCCCUUUCAUUGGCCAGGUUAAGCUGGCCCAUUUGUUUAUGAGUGUGAGUCCAUGUGGCAAUGGUGAAUCCCCCUAUUACAUGCGGGGGCGUGGCUAAGACAACGAGGCUUUUGAAGCCAGAGGCUUCCUACCGUCCCCUGCCCAGGGUAAUCCACAGGCUCGUGGGUCUCAAAUCGUCAUUCUUGAAGGGAAGACUCCUGAUUACCCCCCUCUGCCCACUCUAAUCUGGAAGGCAGGCUCAGCACUGCUCUCGAGGGCUACGUCAGAGUCAGUCCUCGCACAAGCCACUGGAGACUCCCGAAGGCCCAUUGCACUCUGCCCAUGACAGCACCCUGGAGAUGCUCUGCUCCAUGGAUGUGGCAGGUGCCGUCCUGCUGGCUGAGACCCAGGUCCCCAGGCUGUGACAAAGUGCUGCCAGGGGCGUGCUUGGCUUCUGGCAUACGUUUCUCAUGGACAGAUUUGUAAUGCGGCACUUACAGGGCCCGGCCGCUGGGAGGGCUGCUUUCCUAAUGGAUAGAGUUUUAGCUCCGGGAUGGGGGAAGUGCCAUGAGAAGAGACCAGCUCUCCCCUUAUUUCAGCCCCAUUAUAAAGGGUUCCUGGGGGCAACAAGCGACACGCAGGCAAAUGCCACAUUGUAUGGGCUCCCCCAGACCCUUAGGCACAGCUUUACAGGCUGCUCUCUGGUUCCCCUGGGCAGUUCUCCAUAUAGGAUCCACUGGGUAUGUACCUCCUUUAUAAUUCACACUCAGCUUCGGUUGUCUUCACCAGGCUCCUGGGCUGCUUUGCGGUGUGUGGCUGAGGGAGGUUGCAAUGGGGUUGAAGGUGGCUGGGAAUCAGAGUAUGUUAGUAUGGUUAAGGAAGCAGUAGAACAGCGGAAACCUUCUCCCAAAAUCAGGGCAGAUGCUUCUCUUUCCAUGUGGGUAUUUUCCGUGAGUGUGGUCACAACACACUCUGAUGCCCAAAACUCCCCUUGCAAAAACAGCUGAUGGAGGGAAAUGGGCUGCCUUUAACCCCUCCUCCACUGGCAUUUCGGUGGUGGAGUCCUGGAGUAUUAAUCAGGGCCGCCCAGAGGAUUCAGGGGGCCUGGGGUCUUUGGCACCGAAUUGUCGCCGAAGACCUGGCACUUCAG